UCUCGACUCCUAAAAAAGACGAACACCGUAAUAUUUCGGACGAAUACUUCAGUUGCCAAAAAUACCAAGUUCCCAGUUCUCAACUCUUUUGCGCACUCAAUUCCGCGCCUAAAAUUCUCUUCACUCCAGAAAUAAAUUUACGAACAAAUUCUGCAAUCCCCAAAUUCCAACUAUGGCUCUCCAAUUUCUAUAAACCCUAAAAUCACACAACAUCAGGAACAAUGUUUGCAAUUUCCGCCAUUAAUGAUACUGAUUCGAAGAACCAGUGGGAACCAUUAGCUCCUACCAAAGAAGCUCAGGAGUUCCACCUUACGCAAACUUAUCACGAUGGACUCUUGAAGUUGCAAGCUAAAGACUAUAAAAAGGCACGUGAAUAUCUGGAAGCUGUUGUCAAAGAUCCUCUGGUGUCUACUACUCAGGUGGAGAGUACUGCAAGUGAUGGCCAUCUCUUACAACUCAAGUUUUUGGCCCUGAAGAACCUUGCUACUGUUUUCUUGCAACAAGGUUCUGCACAUUAUGAAAGUGCAUUGCACUGUUAUCUGCAAGCAGUGGAAAUUGAUACUAAAGAUUCUGUUGUCUGGAAUCAGCUGGGUACACUGGCUUGUUCCAUGGGUUUAUUGAGUAUAUCUCGUUGGGCAUUUGAGCAAGGGCUUGUUUGCAGUCCUAACAAUUGGAAUUGCAUGGAGAAACUUUUAGAGGUGCUUAUUGCUAUCGGAGAUGAAGUUGCAAGCCUUGCUGUUGCAGAAUUAAUUUUGCGCCAUUGGCCAUCGCAUGCUCGAGCUUCACACGUCAAGAUAACUAUCGAAGAGUCAGAACCAAUACCUUUUGCUCCAAGAGGCAUUGAUAAGCUGGAACCAGAGCAUGCCAGACUUAAAUUUGUUGACAAGAGAAAAGCAUCCAACAGUGAUCUGGACAUGGACAAUGUGCCGAAGAGGUUGAACCAGAUGAUUGAAUUACAGUUAAAAGAACUCUCGUGGACAGCUCUUGCGGAUAUUGUCUUGGGACUCUUGAAUUCACUUGAUGGAUCAAAUUCUGAGACAGCAGUUGAAAAUUCUAAUUUGUCUGGAAAUAUGAGAAUAGCAAUCUGCUUACCUUCAAAGCAGGAAGAUGCUGAAAUGCCUUUUGCGUCUUCUUCUCAAAACAUCUCAAAUGGUGAGUGUGAUACAAGAGAGGAAAAUAUUACUGAUAAAAAAGAAUUGCAUUAUUCUGAAGAACAAAUAUUUGAAAGACGAAGCACUCGUUUGGUAAGCCUUAGGAGUCAGAAAACAGGAAAGGAAGAUGCAGAAUUCUCUGGGAAUAAAGACAUGGAGAAAGUUGUAAUUCAUUCUUUACAACCUUUCAUCAUAAGUGGACAUCAGAUUAAGGAUUUGGAUUACUCUUCAAUUCAUUCUCUGGAGAAUGAAUGGCAAGAUGUACAAAAUUUUGUGAUUGAAACUUCAAAAAAUUAUGGGGCUCAUCACUUGGGACAUUUGCUUUUGGAAGAGGUUGCAAAAAGAGAACCUUUAAAUCGUGAUGCAUUUAUGAAAUUUUUAGAGAUGGAAAAAUUGACGAGGCUUUGGGGAUGUGAUAGAACGCCUGAAUGCAGUCUCUUUCUCGCUGAGUUAUAUCAUGAUCUGGGAUCAUGUUCACCCACAUCAUCUAAAAUGUCUGAGUUUAUGCACGAGGCAUCCUUCCAUCUAUCAAAAAUUGUAGAAUCAGUUGCUCUGGAAUGGCCUGUGGAUUUAGGUGUUAAUUGGGGUAAAGUUUGCUCUAAGGAUGGUGAGACUACAGAAGACUGUGUUCAAGGUUCCUUUGACUGUCCUCAACGGCCAAAAUCAUCAGUGCAUGCACGCAUUUUGACUGAGAAAAGUUCUUUUUGGGUACGAUUUUAUUGGUUAAGCGGUCUUGUGUCGAUCUGGGAAGGUAAUAGAUUGAGGGCUCAUGAAGAGUUUUCAACUUCUUUAUCCCUUUUGGAAAACAACAGAAACUUGAAUGAUAUACCUGUUUCUGUUCAAUUGCCUCACUGCAAGGUUAAUAAAGAGUUGACUACUGAUAAAAUACUACAUGAAAUCAAUCUGUUAGAAGUUCAGUUUCUGCUGAAGAAUGAUGUUGCUGAAAUGCUUGAGAAAGAAUUGUAUAUGGAAUGCAUAGCCUUGCUUGCUCCACUUUUGCUGUCCACAAAAGGUGUUGAUGUGGAUGUUGCACCUGCAACUGAUAAAUAUGAGGGAGUUACCACUAGUGAACUAUCAGCAUUAGAUGUUUUGAUCAAAGCCUGUGAAAAGGUCAAUCCUCUGAAUGUGGAGGUAUACCUUAAUUGUCAGAAACGCAAACUCCAAUUGCUCAUGGUUGCAGCUGGGAUGGAAGACUUUGUAGCCUCAUGUGAUCUAUCUUGUGAGAAGACGGCUCGAAAAGUAAUGUCUUAUGGAACAGAAUCAAAAGAUACUUUAUCAAACAACUAUUUUGAUUCAAUUGCAGAGCAAGUCAAGGCAAUUUCAGAAUGUGCAUCUCAGGUGAAGAGUUUUAUUGAUCAACACAGAGAUCUGAGGGAUAUCAAUAUCCCAAGCAGUAUUGCUGAUAUUCAGGCUUUGUUGUUGGCACUGAUGUGCAACAUUGCAAGAAUGAGCUUUUGCAAGAAACCUUCUGGCGUCUCGAGUCCAGAUCAUGGAGAAUUGAAGCGAAAAUGUUUCUUUGUCAAUGCAGCAAUUGCAUUCUGCAAGCUUCAACACCUGGAUCUGACAAUCCCCAUUAAAACUCAAGUUGAUUUAAUUUUAACAAUCCAUGAUGUGCUUGCCGAGUAUGGGUUGUGUUGUGUUGGUGAAGAUGGCGAAGGGGUGGAUGGAACAUUUCUUAAACUUGCUAUUAAGCAUUUGUUGGCUAUAAAACUUAAGUCUAGUCACCAUUCUUUGAGCAAAGAAUCCAAUGGAUCUCAUGAUGAUGCAAGGAUGUCUGCGGAUGAGCCAAGUGCAGGAAUUAGUCCACCUAAGGAAGUCUUUACAGGACCUAAUGAAUUAAUAGUUCCUGAUACUUAUUCCUCUGCUGAAAGCGAACAGGGAAAUGGCAUAGAGGAUGUUCCAAUCAACAAAUUGAGCAAUGGGGAAGAACAAAGCAAGCCGGAUUCUCCUUCUGGGUCUGAACUUUCUGAAGAUGAAAAAGAAGAACUUGAAUCAGCAAUUGAUAAUGCCUUGAAUCAGUGCUUUUUCUGUCUUUAUGGUCUAAAUCUCCGUUCUGAAUCAGGCUUUGAGGAUGAUUUGGCGGUGCAUAGAAACACUAGUCAGGCAGACUAUCAGUCCAAAGAGCAGUGUGCUGAUGUGUUCAAAUAUAUACUGCCAUAUGCGAAGGCUUCAACUAAAACAGGGCUGCUCAAGCUCCGAAGAGUGCUGAGAGCCAUACGCAAACAUUUUCCUCAGCCACCAGAUGAUGUUCUUGCUGGAAAUCCUAUUGAUAAAUAUUUAGAUGAUCCAAAUCUCUGUGAAGAUAAACUCUCAGAGGUAGCAGGAUCUGAUGAAUUUCUCGAAUCAAUAGUCAAAGCUAUAUUUCUUGAUACAGGAAUCCUCAACCAGAAAAAGAUUUCAGUUAGAAGCUGCGAGCCUUAUAUGGAGGUUUAUAGUGACCUGUACUAUCUUUUGGCUCAGUCUGAGGAAGCAAGUGCUACUGAUAAAUGGCCUGGCUUUGUUCUCACCAAGGAAGGGGAGGACUAUGUUCAGCAGAACGCUAAUGUUUCCAAGUAUGAUUUAUUGUUUAAUCCUUUGCGCUUUGAGAGUUGGCAGCGUCUUGCCAAUGUUUAUGAUGAGGAGGUAGAUUUAUUGCUAAAUGAUGGGAGCAAGAAUAUAAAUGUAACUGGAUGGAGAAAGAAUGCUUCAUUGCCUCAAAGAGUGGAGACAAGUAGGAGGAGGAGCCGACGGUGCCUAUUAAUGAGUUUGGCUUUGGCUAAGACUUCAGAACAACAGAGUGAGAUACACGAGAUGUUGGCACUGGUGUAUUUUGAUGGUCUUCAGAAUGUAGUACCAUUUUAUGAUCAAAGAUCUGUUGCGCCAAGUAAAGAUGCAACUUGGAUGAUGUUUUGUAAAAAUGCAAAGAAACAUUUUGAGAAGGCUUUUGCACACAGGCAGGAUUGGUCACAUGCAUUUUAUUUGGGGAAAAUUUGUCAAAAGCUGGAAUGUUCCCCAGAGCUAUCACUCUCAUAUUAUGACAAGGCUAUUGUUAUAAACCCAUCAGCAGUUGAUGCGAUUUAUAGGAUGCAUGCUUCUCGCUUGAAAUUACUUCACACAUGUCAGAGGACAAAUGUUGAAAAUCUUAAGGUUUUUGCAGAUUAUUCCUUCAAUCAGACCACCAAAGAGAAAGUAAUGAAUAUUCUUGAUAAAGUAGAAAUUGAUAGGAAGGAGGAUAUCCUAUCUGGUCAUGAUGGCCCUAACCUUGAGAAAGUUCAUCAAUUGGAUGAACCCUGGCGCAUGCUGUACAAUGAUUGCCUUUCUGCACUUGAGAUUUGUGUGGAAGGGGAUCUUAAGCAUUAUCACAAAGCUAGAUACAUGCUUGCUCAAGGAUUUUACAAAAGAGGUGGAAUUGGGGAUCUUCAGAAGGCAAAGGAUGAGAUGUCUUUCUGCUUCAAGUCAUCACGCUCUUCCUUUACAAUUAACAUGUGGGAGAUUGAUAGUUCUGCAAAAAAAGGAAGACGAAAAGCACCUGCUGUUGCUGGGAGCAAAAAGGUCCUUGAAGUUAACUUGCCAGAAAGUUCUAGGAAAUUUAUAACUUGCAUAAGGAAGUACUUGCUAUUUUAUUUGAAACUCCUGGAGGAGACUGGAGACCUUUGCACCCUUGAUCGAGCAUAUGUUACUAUCCGAGCUGAUAAGCGGUUCUCCUUAUGCUUGGAAGAUCUGGUUCCUGUGGCUCUUGGGAGGUACUUAAAGACUCUUAUCUCAUCCAUGUCGUCAACUGAUGCUGCUGCCUCUACUCCUGCAAAAAGCUCUCCCGAGCAGAUACUUGAGAAGAUGUUUACUUUGUUCAUGGAGCAGGCAAGCCUUUGGCCUGAUAUUUGCAGCUCGACGGAAAUUAAGUGCCCAGAACUGUCAGAAAGAACAUUAUAUGGUUAUCUCCACCAAUAUCUAUAUUCAUUGGAGAAAGAUGUCAAGCUUGAAGUCCUUGAAGGCUUAAAUGAGAAGAUACGGAAACGUUGCAGAAAUCCAAAACUGUCAAACGAUAGCAGCUGCUCUGGGGUUUUCAAACAUGCUUCUGUUGCCUGGUGCAGAUCUCUUAUAAUCAAUCUUGUUAAGAUCACACCAUUACAUUCUAGUGCCUGUGGUGAAGCAACUGCUUCAGACAAUGAGCAGCUUUUGUAUCUAGAUUUGCAAGCCAAAGAUUUCUGGUAUCCUUCGUUUGGAAAUUCAGCUCACGUUGCAAUUCUUGAAACAAAAUGGAAUACAUUAUUGUCAAAAUUUGAGCAUGUUGUAGUCAAGAAAGCUUCAGAGGAAAAUCUGGAAACGGCAAAUUCUCUGCUGAGAUCUACUUACAGCUUUUAUCGUGAUAGUUCAUCGAUCGUUCUCCUAUCUGGUUUGAAUCUCUUCUGGGUUCCAGCUCGACUGAUCACAACUGGGCAGUUUAACCACAGUGCAGAUGGGGUUGAAAUUGUCGAUGUGAGUGUACCACGGAAACUUUUAUUGUGGGCAUACACACUAUUGCACGGGCGAUGCCCAAGUAUCUCUGCUGUUGUCAAGUACUGCGAAGAAAAUGUUAAGACUAAAAGCAAAAAAGCAAGCAAUGCCUUAUCCUCGGCUUCCACCACCAGCCUGCCAACUGUUCCAACUCCUCAGUCAGUUGUUGGUGGCUGUAAAGACGGUGUGGCAAGUCAUGUUGGAAGCAGUGAAGCUGCAGGAAUUGCUCCAUUAGCUGAUACGCAAUCUUCCAUUUUGCCUGAAGCGAGUAAAAAUCCGGGAACAAACACUUCUCCUAACACAAAUGACAGCCAAAAGAUUCUAUCCGCAGCUCAACAACUACACCAUUGUAAUAAUACUACUGUCUCAGAAAGGAGAACUUUUGAUCUUAAUAGUGACGCAGAACCUGAAAGAAAUUGAAAUUUUUGACAUGAUGAACUGGCCUUUUUGUGCAUUAUUUAUAUAUAUUGGGUGAAAUAAGGCAAUUUUCACGUUCACAUUGUAUAUGAUCUAAUCCCUCCAUUUUGAGUAUCUACUUUGCGUCUAUCUAGGAACACAAUCUAUCUAGAAUUUGGCAAAUCAAAUCUCAAAAUGACAAAAUCACACGUCGGCUCAGCCGCACAGUUGUAUACUGGUAUGUGGAUUUUAUUUUUAUUUUUUUAAUUAUUUUAUUUUAAAUGUUGCUUUGUUUUUAUAAUCCUUAAGGUUAUGUGCAACAUAAUUAUCAAAUUGGUUGCAAUUUCGCUGUUCAAAUUACUAAAAAAAUACUACUUAAGAGUACUAUCCUACUGGUUCUUGCUCCUUUGGACCAACUAAGAAAAUAAGUGCUUUCGUGAAAAUGGUGAGUAUGGUGAUAUUACACCUAGAUUGCAUGUCCGAUUGCAUUGGCAACUUUUUCUAUUGAAUUUUAUGGCAGGCAAAACCGUUUCUAACUUUGGUUUCGUAUUCUUACUUUAACUUUUUCACUUAAUAAACAAAUCAAUGGAUACGAUUGCUCCUAACUUUAAUAGGUUGGAGUAAAAUUUUGUAUAACACUAUAACAUCUACAACUACAUGUAGCCAUUGAAUAGUCUUUAUAAGUGAAUUACCCUUAAAAAAAAAAUCAGUUAAAAGUUUUAAAAGAAUUUUGGAAUUUAAAUCUAUUACAGUUUAUAAUUUCACCACUAUUUUCGCUCUUUAAACUAAAUUUAGAAAAUUGGCUAAUUAAUUAAAAUUUAUUUUCCAAAUUUUUAUUUACCUUCCUAGUAUUUCCUUUUGUGUCAAAAAAAAAAAAAAAAAAA